GUAGUAGAAUAUAUAAUAUUUUUGAAUUUUAAGAAAAUAAAAAUAUUUAAAUUCUUAUAUUUUUGAGUUUUCUCCAGCUUGGAUCUAAUAUGAUGGCGGGUGGCAGUAGUGGUAUUGAAUCGUUACUGCUGUUAAAUUACCCAAAAUACCCUUUCAACCAACUUACCUACCCCUUUCAAGCAAGAAAGCACUUGUACUAUGCCAUAAACGAAAGCAUAUUAUGUACCAAAAAGGUUUUUGAAUUGAAAAGUCGGUUGCAGAUCUUUGAGUUGCAGUUUCUUUCUAUGCUUGCACUUGCACUGUUAUAUUUAGAGAAGAGAGAGUUUACACAGAUACAGUUUUGACUCUUCUUCAGAGGGAGAGAAGGGGUGAGAGGAAUCAAGAACAGAGAGAUCUGUGGACGUAGUCGAACUUCAUAUAUAGCUAUGGCUUCAAAACUGUUAUUAAUUACGGUCUUCGUUUUAGAUCUCAUUGCCUUCGGUUUGGCUGUUGCAGCUGAGCAGAGAAGAAGCACAGUAAGUAUUUUAUGUUUAUGGUUUCUUGAAUUUUUAUGUGAUUCUUCUUAUGGGGUCUAUUUGGCUUCCAAGAAAACAGAAAGAAAUAGGGGGAAAUUUAAGACAUGAAAAGAGAAAAAAAAAUACUAAAUGGUUUCUGGGUUUAGGAAAUUGUGCUGAAAGGGAAAUGUGAAUGAAUCUUGAUUGAACUUUUAGACUAAUUGAAAAUGAAUUCUUGAUUUCUCUCCUUAUAUUUUCAGUUAGAGAAAAUGCGUUUUUCACUUUGGAAUAACCAGGACAGCUCUUUUAACACAUCAUUGAAGAUUUAUACUUGCAUAUCUCUUCCGGGAUUUUCUUGACAACACUAAUGGCAGGAAAAGUGCACUGGUACAGCUUAGUCAUAUGCCACGGGCCUACUCCGAGUCGGUUUUGGUCCAAAGAACCAGAGAUCUUAAACCGAACCCUUUAGGGCCUGUUUCAAUGAUUUAGGUCCAGGAGGGGUGGUUCUUAAAUGUUUGAAAUUAAGUUUCCAGAUCUACGGAUUAAACAAGGUUCCAGUGAAGAAACUUUUUCUUGCAGAUUGCUUAAUAUACAGUUAGGUUACCAGAUCUACUGAUAUAAUGAAGAAAAUUGUUCUGGCAGAUUGAUUUUUUUAUAAUCAGGACUGUAUAGCUAUCUCUAAGCAUGGAAAUUAGCGCAUCUUCCCAUGAUGAUUGUUGGUUAAUAAAAUUAUUAUCGUUUAUUUAACAUGUUAAUAUCCAACACUUUAACCACUGCAAACAGCUAUAAUUUCUUUUUUUUUUUUUUUUGAUACCUGUACUUUCUCUCCAGUUAUAUUCAAGAAUAGACAAUUGAUUUGGGUCUCCUGUUAUUGAUCAAUUACCAGCAGCUGAGGAGCUAAUUCUUGACGAAUUAGACAAUUAAUAAUAUAUUGUUUUGCAGGCCAUAAUCAAGCAGGAUUCUGAAAUAAAUUACAAUUACUGUGUCUAUGACUCAGACAUUGCAACUGGCUAUGGUGUUGGUGCAUUUUUGUUUCUCAUGGCCAGCCAAGCCCUUAUAAUGGUGGCAAGUCAAUGUUUCUGCUGUGGCAAGCCUUUGAAUCCUGGAGGUUCGAGGGCUUGGGCAGUUAUCCUCUUCAUUACUUGCUGGUAUUUGACCAUACCCAAUGUUCAAAUCUAAAAGUUUUUAAGGUCUAAUUCUUGCAAUGUGUUAUUAUUUUUGAACCUCUGCAAUUUUCUUUAUCAGGGUGUUUUUCUUCAUCGCUGAGGUAUGCUUGUUGGCGGGUUCGGUGAGGAAUGCCUAUCACACCAAGUACAGGACUAUUUUCAGUGACAAUCCUCCUGACUGCCAGACUUUGAGGAAGGGAGUUUUUGGGGCAGGAGCAGCUUUUACUUUCUUCACUGCUAUAGUUUCUGAGUUCUACUACAUUUGCUACUCCAAGGCCAGAGACAGCUUCCAGCCAUACGGUGGAGACACUGGUUUGGGUAUGGGAACCUACAAAUAAGCCUGUUUAAGGUGGUAUAGACAUGUAUAGAAGUGACUUCCUGGACUCUUUGCACCAAUUCCUUCCAAGAUUUGCAUUUUAUGUAUUAAAGCUUCAAUUUAGUUUGUGUUAGUUUGUGAAUACUCAAAUUAUCUUUAUAUCUUCAUGAAUAUUUAGUCUUCUUCUUCUUCAUGAUGUAGAAUUUUGUGGUUUUUCUAUACAGAUGAAUAAUAGAAGACAAUUGUUUGUGAAGACAAUUGUUUGUGUAUCAAUACCACGCAAUGAUAAUGUACUUUAUUGAACAUUUAAACAAGUUAUGCUGAGUCUUCUUAUUCUCUUUUUUUGAUAAAAACCUGUUUUCGAGUUGUUUUAGUACCAAAUACACUAUCUGAAAAUUCUAUAUAGCCCUCCUGCUGUGGGCUCUUUCUUGGAGUGAAACGUACCUCUCUUUGCAGCAGAGUCUGAUACCAAGAAAAUCAUAUCUGAGGCAAUUAACAAGACAGCAGAUCUGGGUCCAAUACUGUUGAAGAUUAAUAAUGACUUCCUCUCCUGUGUCAUGUAUAAGCCCGGAGUUCUCUUUUCUUUAUCUUUGUCAAAUCUAUAGUAGGUAAUAAUCAAUCGAUAAACCAAUUAAACAAGGAGGCCAUAGGGCCUCUAAUGUGUAUUUUUUAUGUGUGUAUGAUUGUCCAUCUGUUUCUUGAAAAAACAGGGAGAGUGAUGUAGCAAAUUCAUGGAGAUCAAUAAAGAACCCAUCAAUAUUUAUAGAUCCAUGAUUCCCCUAGGAUGUGUUUUCAAAGUCAACUUAUUGUUUCUAGUUGAAGUUUCUACCCAAAGCAAGGAACUUGCUUUCUUCAUUCUAUAUUUAAAUAUUUAUUAUAUUUGAUUAUGAAUUAUUGACGGUUCUUAAUAGUCAAUGUAUGGUUGUUCCUCAAUCAUUUAUAUCAUUUAAACGCAGAGAGAGACAGAGAGACAGAGAGACACAGAGAAAGCAAAUGGCAUCAAUAGUUCUAUUCAUAGUGGUUUUUGUUCUUGAUUUCAUUGCUUUUGCACUAGCUCUUCAAGCUGAGCAGAUGAGAAGUACUGCCAAGGUUAUGCAAGAUUCUACAUUAUCCUACAACUACUGCGUCUACGAUUCAGACAUAGCAACAAGUUUAGGAAUUACUGCAUUUGUUCUACUCUUGGUGAGUCAAGUGCUCACGAUGAGGGCCUCUUCAUUCUUCUUGUGCUUCAGAAAGGCCCCAAAGCAUGGAGGAUGCAGACUUGUCCUUUCCAUUAUCUGCUUGAGUACAUUCUUGGCUGCUGAGGGAUGCUUGCUGGUGGGUUCUGUGAAGAAUAUUCAACACACCAAAUACAGGACCAUAUUCUAUGAGGACCCAAAUUGUCAGACAUUGAGAAAGGGAGUUUUUGAGGCAGGGGCAGCUCUCACAUUGCUCGCCAGUUUAUUGUCCAAGAUGAAUUACGUCUGUUGUUUUAAGCCUGAGGCUGAGGAAGGCUUUGACACAGACAAUACUGAGUUGGGAACCUACACUUCUAUUUAAUUUCUUUGCAGCAAUUAUGUAUUGAUUCUGUUUCUUACUAAUGAUGAUUUCAAUAAUUUAACUUCAA